UCUGCCCCCUGUCCAAGAAACAGCUGAGAUACGAGGCUGAGACCAACGAGCUGAUCAACGACGAGCUCGGCAUCGCGUACCCGAUCCUGGACGGGAUCCCCAACAUGAUCCCUCAGGAGGCCCGACUGAUCCAGAAAGACUCCGACGCCUCCGAGUAGAAGUCGUCCCGAACACUUGUGUCACGUGUGUAACUGUUGUCGCCUCCUGCCUGAACGCGUGUGUAUCUCCUCACCGAUACUGAACCAACCCGUGUGCCAGCAUGUUCUCUCUGUCCAUGAUGGUGGGACUGGUCCCCAUCGUGUCCCUCUUCGGGUUGUUCUACUCGGCGGCCGUGGACGAGAACUUCCCUCAGGGCUGCACCAGCAGCAGCAGCCUGUGCUUCUACAGCCUCCUGCUGCCCGUCACCAUCCCCGUCUACGUCUUCUUCCACCUGUGGGGCUGGAUCGGCAUCAAGCUCUUCAGACACAACUAGCCUCCACCUUGGAUUUACAGCAGAAAUGGAAUAACCAGGAAUCAUAUAUACAAAAUAAUGUUUAACGGUGGUAAUCAGCUUGUUUAUGGGACAGAAUCACUGGUCGAUCAUGUGUUGCAGAACUUUGUUUAAUUAGAAAUAAAUGAUUAAUGUUAAUUGUGUUUGUGAAUAGAUGAUGUAUUCGCUGCUUGGGAGGUGAAUAAAGAAAACAAGUAAAACAUGAAACAACUUCCUGUUCAAUAAAUACACUUUAAUUGAUAAAAGGUUUUUCAUACAGAACAAAAGACGAAUCUCUGAACUACAGUUUAAUGAAGCAGUUUUCCGAAACUGAUAUUUAAAGAAGGAACGAAAGAGAAGAUAUAAAUAAUGGUAAUUAUGGUUACAAUAAUAAUCAUAAUCAUCAUCAUAAUAAUAUUCUGGUCAGAUCAGAACAUUAGCUCGAGCUGAGCAGUACAAUACUGCCACCUGAUGGAAAAAAGUGGGAACUGAAGAAGCAAUCAUCUCCAUGAAUUAUCAAUUACAAUAAUAGUAUAUAUAUAUAGGAUAUAUAUAUAGUAUAUAUACGUCUUCUUCCACCUGUGGAGCUGGAUCGGCAUCAAGCUCUUCAGACACAACUAGCCUCCACCUUGGAUUUACAGCAGAAAUGGAAUAACCAGGAAUCAUAUAUACAAAAUCAUGCUUAACGGUGGAAAUCAGCUUGUUUAUAGGACAGAAUCACUGCUGAGUCAUGUGUGGCAGAACUUUGUUUAAGCAGAAAUAAAUGAUUAAUGUUAUUUGUGUUUGUGAAUAGAUGAUGUAUUCGCUGCUUGGGAGCUGAAUAAAGAAAACAAGUAAAACAUGAAACAACUUCCUGUUCAAUAAAUACACUUUAAUUGAUAAAAGGUUUUUCAUACAGAACAAAAGACAAAUCUCUGAACGACAGUUUAAUGAAGCAGUUUUU